UUCAUCGGCACAAGCAACCACUGCACAAUUCAACUCAUUUGCUCUCACUUCCCCCGUUCGGACUGGGACGCCGAGAUAGAGAAAUACUCGAUCGCCUCCGGUGCCACCUCGAGCUCCGACUCAAGCGACGACUCGCCCAAGGUGUACGAAGACGAGAUUCAAGCCCUGCGUGCCCAGAUCGUCCAGGUCUCCCGGGACUGGCGCGUCAACGCCUCCACGUUUGCCGACCUCGUGGCCUCCUGGCUGCCUCGCUUGAAAGAUGAUGGCCUGUUCCCCGGUUCCUGCGCCCACCUGCUGCUCAUCCUCCUCCAGCCCUGGGACGAGAUGGAGCAGACACAGCAGUCGAUGGUCGCCUGGCUGCAAGACCGGCACCCCUGGAGGAACAACCUCGCGCCCAGGGAUGUAGUCUGUGUGGCCGAGGGCGCCAUGGUGGAAAAAAGCUAUCUGGGCUCGCAGUUGGAGGUGCUCAGGAAGCUGUUGGCGCCCCUACGGAUCGAUGCCUCCUCCGACGAAGAUAAACGCGUCUUUUGGAUUCACAACCGGCGCCACUACACGGAGGAGAUGUCCAAGCAGCUCGAGGCCUCGAUCACCGUCUUGGAGACUUUCAAAGAGUCUGUCGAGAGCGAAGUCAUGCACAUCAAAAAAGGCCAUACCUGGAUCGGAACGCCUGCAAUGUUGAACCCCAUUAUCGGAGAGACCUGCAACACAAUGCACCUCAGCAUGAAGGAGCAACGGUUGCAAAGUUGCAAAGAUACCAUGACAUGGGACGACUUCCCCCACAAGCAAAACCCGCUCAACUAUCUCGAACGAUACCACAAAGACCGCGUCCGCACGUUGGAUCCAGACAAGGCCAUCGCCCGUGGCUGGCUGCCUCCCAAGUCUCUCGAUCCCCCUCCAGUCCCGGAAGGUUUCCCAGAGGGUUUCCCAGAGGAAUAUUUCCCAGAGGAAUAUUUCCCAGAGGAGAGUUCCUGUGAAAACUCCUCCGCCAUAAACUUGAUCUACAAGGUUGCCGUCUGGCUGGCUCUCGCGCGUGGACACCCCGCCGUCCAUCUCUUCUGCGACGUGGCUCGCGUCUUCUCCAUCACAAAGACCCUAAGCCAUCCCCCGAGCACCCACCGUCUCGCCCUCCUGUACGGCCUGAGCCAGCUGCGUGCCUCGGACCAGCGCAUCCGUCCGGAAGACAAGGAUGCACGCGAUGCAGAGCUCAUGGCGAAUCAGCCGUAUCUGGUCGAGGAUGUGCUCGACUCUCAGCGUAAACUGGCGGGGCAUCUUCUUGAAACGACCAGUUUGAUGAAUACGAAAAUGCAUAUUACUGAUGCCGAUGCCGAUGCCGAUGCUGACGCUGACGCUGACGCCGACCAGCAUGACUCUAAGAGUGAGUCCGAUACUGCCUCGGACGUCUUUUAUACCCCCGACGAAACUGCAAGCCGUUCCUUCGCCGAGACUAGUAUCGAAAAUACCAUUGGCUCAAUUAACUCGAUUCACUCGAUUCACUCUUGGGACCACUCUGGGUCGGGAUUCGAAACAGACUCUGGCUAUGAACCGUCUGAAUCUACCGACUCCGACUUGGACCCUCGCUCCGCUACUCCCGCCGGUUCUAUUGUCGAGUCUAUCAGUUCUGAUGACCAACCCCGUCUACCACCAUCUUGGGUAACUGGGAACCUCCUCGAUAGACCUGUCUACAAUGGUCUCCGGCGUGAUCCGGACUUCGAUAGGGACAUUGCCGGGGAUGAGUAGUGGAGGCGCAUACCAGCUCAAGAGCCAGUCUUAUCAGUCGUAGCUGGCAUUUCUUCUAUGGACUAUGCC